CUUACUCAAAAUCACUAGGCUUUCAUAAUCAAAAUCUGACAUUCUCCUUCAUCCGCAUACCAAAAUCUCCCAUGAAAAUGAACCUACAAAACCUCUUAAAAAACUCCCUGAGACGCUCCGAUUUUUCCUCACAGCUCUGCACAAAACCGGACUUUCAAAAGUCGGUCCAGGUUUGCGUUUUAGGGGCCAACACUCGGUUGGGAACUUUCACCAGCUUCCUGGCCAAGCAAAACCCAUUGAUCUCCACUCUUCAUCUGCAAGGCUGUUUCCCCAUUGAAAACAUGGGAAACGAUCUCAAUUUCUUCGAUACCAGAUGUCGCGUGCGAACUUACUGCGGAUUGGAACAAUCCGUUUCAAAGGCAGUCAAAAGCGCGGAUAUUGUGGUCAUCCUCCCCACAGAAGGCUCCAAACCGGACACUCCACUAGGAGAACGGGUGAUGAAGGAGGGAAAGCGUGUUUCCAACAUCGCUGCUCAAUGCACAGUUUAUGCACCUCGAGCUGUCCUUGUUGUUUGCGUGCCUCCUGUAUCAGUUACCACUCCUCUUGUCGCAGAGGUGUUUAAAAAAACCAACUUUUACCAUCCAGGCCGGAUAGUCGGUUCGGCAGCUCUAGCUCAAGUGAAAGCAAACACUCUUCUGGGACGUUUCCAGGGUCUGGACCCUAGUAAUUGUUAUGUGCCCAUGCUAGGAGGCCCCGAAAUUGAUCUCGCGGUGCCUCUAUACAGCCAAGCCAAGCCGGUGGAAGUGUUUGGUAAAAGUGGCUCGAUGGCAAUCACGGCACGUUUCAGGGGAGUGAAGGAAGAGGACUUUCCAAAAAAGCUGGGAAACCCCAAUUAUAUCGAAGACUGUCCUUUGGCUGAAAGCUACGCUCUUAAUCAGCUGAUAUCCACUAUAGCUUCGGGUAUUUGUGGAGACCCCCAUGCAUUUGCAAAUGUCUUUGUUAGAUGUGGCGCAGUCGACAUUUCCAAAUAUUUAGUGAGCACCGUUCGCUUUUCAAGAGGAGGAGUGGUCCACAAUUUCGGAGUGCCCCCACUCUCCAAGCUGGAGUUAGAGCUGGUGGAGCGAUCAGCACUGCAAAUCAAGGAACGCGAACAAAUGGCGCUUGACUACCUCAAAUAUAUUGAGGCUCAAACGGGGAAAUCUGAACUACCAUUAUUUGCAAAAAGGGAAAAACUCGAUCACGAAUUGCUCAAGCAGAAAGUCAUCAGAUAACUGAUCAGGGGCGCGAAAUAUUGGCAAUAAACACUUAAUAUUUCAGUUA